AUGUCCGGACGUCAAGGAGGAAAAGCUAAGCCUUUGAAGGCCCCAAAGAAGAAGCAAGAAGAGUUUGAUGAAGAAGACUUGGCUUUCAAGGCCAAGCAAAAGGCUGAUGCUCAAGCUAAGAAGGACAUGGCUCAAAAGGCAAAGAAGGGUGGUCCAUUAGUCGGUGGUGGUAUCAAGAAGAGUGGUAAGAAAUAG